GUUUGAGGCCAUUGGCUUCCUGUGAGCAGCUUUGCUGACUAUUAGCUUUUCAAUGUUUCUUCAUAUCAUUGUAAUAACUUCUAUGCUGAGUCGAACAUUAUUGAACAAUAACGACAUAAACAUUCUGUGAUUAAACCGUCGGACAAGCCCACUUAGCUGGGUAUAUUUCGUUUUUACAGUAAUAAACCUAGCUGCACGAGUUCGAAACGCCGCACGAGCUGAAGGGGCACAGGCAGAAGGCUCUGAAGGCAACCCAAGUGUGAUCUGCAUUUUAAAACCUUGUAAUAGGUUCCCCCUGUUCGCCUGCAAGAAGAUGGGCAUCUAAUCAUUGUGUGCUCAUGGCUCGUCUCCUGCUCUGACCCCUUGGUAUAUCCAGGAUUAAAAAUGAGCGUAAGCAGCGAUGAGGUGAACUUCCUCGUGUACAGAUACCUGCAGGAGUCAGGCUUUUCCCACUCUGCCUUCACGUUUGGCAUAGAGAGCCACAUCAGCCAGUCCAAUAUCAACGGGGCGCUAGUGCCCCCGGCCGCCCUCAUCUCCAUCAUCCAGAAGGGCCUGCAGUACGUGGAGGCGGAGGUCAGCAUCAAUGAGGAUGGCACGUUGUUCGACGGGCGGCCGAUCGAAUCCCUGUCGCUGAUCGACGCGGUGAUGCCGGACGUUGUCCAGACGCGGCAGCAGGUGUACCGGGACAAGCUCGCCCAGCAGCAGGCUGCCGCCGCCUCCUCAGCUGCAGCCUCUGGCAAUACUGCUGCAUCAGGAGGCGCCAAGAACGGCGACAACACCGCCAACGGAGAGGAGAAUGGACCACACACCUUAGCCAACCACCAUGCGGAGAUGAUGGAGGUGGACAGGGCGGUGGAGAUCCCUGCCAGUAAAGCCAUGGUGCUGCGUGGUCACGAGUCCGAGGUGUUCAUCUGUGCCUGGAACCCCGUCAGCGACCUGCUCGCCUCUGGGUCCGGGGACUCGACGGCUCGGAUCUGGAACCUGAGUGAGAACAGCUCGGGCGGCUCCACACAGCUGGUCCUGAGACACUGCAUCCGAGAGGGAGGCCAGGACGUGCCUAGCAACAAAGACGUCACCUCACUCGACUGGAAUAGUGAGGGUACGCUGCUGGCAACAGGCUCCUACGACGGCUUUGCCAGAAUAUGGACUAAAGAUGGUAACCUUGCCAGUACAUUGGGCCAACACAAAGGGCCUAUAUUUGCCCUGAAAUGGAAUAAGAAAGGCAACUUCAUACUGAGCGCUGGGGUUGAUAAGACUACAAUCAUUUGGGAUGCACACACAGGAGAAGCCAAACAGCAGUUCCCAUUCCAUUCCGCGCCUGCCCUAGACGUAGAUUGGCAGAGCAACAACACGUUUGCCUCCUGCAGCACAGACAUGUGCAUCCACGUGUGCAAGUUGGGCCAGGACCGACCAGUCAAGACAUUCCAGGGGCACACGAAUGAGGUGAAUGCCAUCAAGUGGGAUCCCCAAGGCAACCUGCUGGCCUCCUGCUCCGAUGACAUGACUCUGAAGAUCUGGAGCAUGAAGCAGGAAGGUUGUCUGCACGACCUGCAGGCCCACAGUAAGGAGAUCUAUACCAUUAAAUGGAGCCCCACAGGGCCAGGAACCAACAACCCCAACGCCAACCUGAUGCUAGCCAGCGCGUCCUUUGACUCGACGGUACGGCUGUGGGACGCAGAGCGCGGCUCCUGCAUCCACACUCUCACGCGCCACCAGGAGCCUGUCUACAGCGUGGCCUUCAGCCCUGACGGACGGCACCUGGCCAGCGGCUCCUUCGACAAGUGUGUGCACAUCUGGAACACGCAGAGUGGAGCGUUGGUGAACAGCUACAGGGGAACAGGGGGCAUAUUUGAGGUCUGCUGGAACGCAACAGGGGACAAAGUGGGAGCUAGUGCAUCGGACGGAUCAGUCUGCGUGUUAGAUCUGCGGAAAUGACGCUGCCAAUAGGAAGCCAUGGACCGACUCUGAAUGUGUACAUAGCCAAAUUGACUGUCUGUCCCUGGCCCCAUCCACUGCUGUAAGCCCUGUGCUGAAGCCUCCCACUGCUGAGUCCAUGCAUACAAAGGCAUGUCUUGGGUGCCAGGAAAAUGUGGAUCGUACUCUCUUUGAUGUUAUCCACAGGACUGUUGGAACGAACACACACACACACACAAGCCUAGGCCACAUAUCACUGUUUGUGUCGGUUCUUUCUCUCUUAUACGUUGAGUCAGUAGAUUAUACAUUCAGACCUAUAAAUCACUGCUGGUGUGUGCAUAUUGUACAUAUCAGUAUUUCAGUUUGCCAUCGUGGGGUGUGUUUGUCAAGUUGGUUUUCAGGAGUUUACCCCGCACCCCCACCCCACCCCCACAGACACUGAUAGUGAGAUUUCUAACCCCUGGACUAUGAUUUCUUUUAACGCAGAUAUGUGUAAAAUUGAUAAAGGAAUUGGGGAAAGUUUGCAAAGAAUAUUUGACCGGUGUGGCACAAACCCUUAUUUCAAAAUUUUUUUUUUUUUUUUUUGCAUCUAUGAUUUACUUGCCAACAUUUUAGAACGGUAUACAAGAGAUCAGGAGCAGACCUAAGCAUCUUAAAUGGCUUCUGUAAUGGCCCAUUGAAACCGCAGAAGUUUCAGUUUGACUGCCCCAUAGAAAUGCAUUACUGACAUGGAAAUCCCACUGCAGCAACUGACUGGUCUGAGCACCACUGCACAUGGCUGACUGUAAUAUAUCACUUUUUAAUCUUAAGUGCUGUGGUUGUGCACACAUCUUUAUCUUGCUCAAAUUCUGCCAUUCUCGUCUGCUAUCGGUUGUUGUCUUUGGAGUGAGGCUCAUUCAGGUGUCUGAGGAAUUUGGUUUUAAGCUACAUGAUGUGCCUGCUAUUCAAAAGUACAUGGUUAAAUGUGAAAGGGCUCAGCAGGAAACUAAAGACAAUCUGCAAAGCAGCAGUGAGGAAACGUGCAGUGAUCUGGCUUUAUGCUGUUUAUUGAUGUUCAGAUGAGGUACUGUGGACAUUCACCACUAAUGUGUGUGAGGAAUGCUCUCCACUAGUUUAACUGGCCUCAACAAAUUUGGGUGGUCUCCAUAGUAAGUCAGUCAUUUAGAAGCCAUCACUUUUGUCUUUUAUACAGGACCUUGGAUGUGCAGCACAUCCAAAUGUUGGUUGUAUGUUCCUGAUGAGGCCAUGGGUCCCUCAAUGAAAGCGUGUGUGUUCAUAUGCAGCAGACAAGACGAGAGCAAUGCAGCCAACUUGUGAGCAAGAGCAAUGCAGCUAACUUGUGAUUCAGGUGGCCCCACUGCAUUGGAAAGCCAGUUAGCUCCUUGUGCAUGUAUGUAUAUGUAUGUAUGGGUGUGUGUCAGGGCCUUGAGUACCAUCUUUGUUUAAUUGGUUUGCCAGGGAGGAAGAAAUAGACAGGUUUUUGUUGAUAACAGCUUUUUUACACAGAACUGAUAAGUGCUCGGCUGCAGGGUCAUGAAAACACACUUUAAGAAAAAUAAAACAAGAAACUGAAAUUGUAACAGUAAAGCAUAUAUAUAUAUAUAUAUAUAUAUAUAUAUAUAUAUACUCUAUAUCUGUGCUGUCACAGGGGUUUAUAAAAUAUUUGCUACUCCUAUGAGAAGCUUUUUUUUUUUUUUGACGUUCAUGAUUAUUGCACACUUGAUGUGCAUCUUCUGAAUAAAUGUCAUCACCAUUAGCUGUAAUGUAUAGUGUAUUUUGUUUGGUUGUUUAAAAAAUACAAUACAAUUAGACAGUCCCAGAGGAGCUGCUACAUCCCCAGUCAACCACAAGGAAGUUAUUUUCCUGCACUUUAAAUUAACUUGAUUUUAGCAGGCACUUAAAAUAUGGUUGAAAGGAAGAGUUUUUUUGUUUCAUCGGGAAUGUUCCUUUCUAUCUUUGCCUUACUCACACCUGUUCAGGUGUGUGUUCACCUGUGCAGAAGCAUGGUGAGGUGGGUGUUACAACAGUGUUGGGAGAGUGCAGUGGCUCGGGGCCAACUUCAUGGCAUUCCAUGUUGUACCAUUCUGUCUGUAGCAUAGCAUAGCAUAGCAGGGCUCGCAAAGCCAGACCUUUCUCAUUAACAGUCUCCGUUGUGAUUUCUGAUUUUGUUUUUUGUUCAGAAUGUCACAAUUCACCUAAUGAUUUUUUUUUGUAAAGAGUUGAGAGUAUUUUGAAGUUUGCUUUAAUAUAAUCAACAGUAAUUAGAUUGUACCAUAAGACACUAUUUAUUAUAUUGUCUACGACAGUGGAAUGGUAUUUUAUAAUGUUUUGAUUUUAAAAGAGAGCUUUUUACAGUGUAUUUGAGUGUUUUUGCUUCCUUUUGGUCCGACCUAAAUUGCCUAGUUUUAUCUUUACUAUGUCUAUGGCCCUUGAAGGUUUUGUACUCUUUUUAUAAUUCUGUCUACAGAAGGAACACACCUGGUUGUCUCGUACCAUCCUCCUGGACCAUACAAAUACUUGUUUAAUAUCUUUUUUUUUUUUCCUCCCCUUGAUCGGUUUGUGUCAUAGUCCUGAUGUACCAUUUCCCCCUUCUUGCUCACGUCCUGUUGCUGAUGCUAUCUUUACUAUGUUGAUCUGGCUUUUGUGAUUUGAGUCAGAUCAAAUGAAAAAAGUCCAGAAUAAAAUAUAUUUUGAUAAUAUCAUUGUUUGUUGUCUUCCAUUUAAAAAAGCAGAUGUUGAUGAAGUUGUAAUGUUUUCCUGAAAUCAGAGCAAGCACUUGGCAAUAUAAAUGCCUGUUCUAUAGAUAAAGAAAAGGCAAAAAUUCAAAAUGGUACCUUAGCUGGUGAGACUCAUUGUAACCUGUGACCAAAUUCAUGAAUUCAGCUAUUAGUUGCCCGGAAUAAAAUAUAUUUUGAUAA